GUGGACAAACUUAUUACUGAUGCUAGUCGGAUAUUGGGCCAUCAUCCCACUGAUGUCGGGGUAGUUUUGGGUAGGGUUUCCGAUCCGCGGGGUAGUGAUGCAAGCAAACCGGAGUAUCGGAUCAUAUCACAUCAAGGAUGGUGACUCCGUCAAUCUUGAAGUCUAUGAUGAUGAGCCGUAUAUUAAAAAGCCAGUCAUUUAUCUAUACUCGCCCUCCGACAUCGAUGUUUGCGUCAAGCUUUCCCUCAUUCCUGAUUGGAGCUUUGCUGUCAUCUAUCCUGUUGUUACCACGGAAGAGCAUGGACAACGUUUAGAAUGGAACGUCUGCACCCAUCAAGAUGGGAGUCUGACUGAACAUUAUUCCGGUUUAGAUGUGUCAUACUUGUUCUGGGAGGCGCAGAUAAAUUUGCAAGCAUUUCCCCGAUCAUCGGCAUCCCGACCGCAACCAGUGGAUACAUUCAAUCCAAUAUCCAUCAGUCUCGAUGAUAUGGAUUCAAUUGUCAUUUCGGCGGACAAAGUAACAGUUUAUCUCGAUAAAUCACUGAAGGUUUUGGGACUUCACACCGAAGCUAGAACAUCAUUUAUAACCUACUGGCUACCAAAUAUCCUCAAGCACGAAUAUAUUGCCCUCCGAUUUGUUCCUCAAGCGGCAUACGAACGCGCUGCUUCUUUAUGCAUAUCUCCGCAGCCUAACGUCGUGACUCGCAUAUGCAUGUUGUUCAAAGGUAUCUGUAAGGAGCACUUGGCAAAUUGUUGUUGUCGAUAAGUUGACCGUGACCGGUACACGUCAUCCUCAGCCGUCCCUCGGACUCUAAACCUGAUUUGGCCGCGUCGGUUAUGUAAACCUUUGCAUGGGACGCGAACUUGAAGUUCGUGCCGUUCUCCGCGAGAUUUGAAACAAUCCCAGCUCCGCUCGUCUACAACUGUUCUGGCAACCUGUGGUCCUGCUCGCAUUACUGCCGCUU